GAGUCACACGUGCGUUUGAACUGACCGCAACAUCAACAGCAUUGUGUCGAGUUGCUUCAUUUACUUCAGAUUUGGUCAAAUUGGAUCAAAAUGGUGAAAAAGAAAAUAGAUAAUCGCAUACGCGUUAUGAUUGAGAAUGGCGUCAAACUGGGCCAUCGCACCAUGUUCAUCAUCACCGGCGACAAAGCCCGCGAUCAGGUGCCCAUUCUAUAUGAUAUACUGAUCAAAUCAACUGUGAAGGCGCGUCCCAAUGUGCUGUGGUGCUACAAGAACAAGGAUGAUGCCAUCUCCAAUCACGGCAAGAAGCGUGCCAAGAAGAUCGCCCACGGCAAGGUGGAUAUGAAUGAGGUGGACUUGUUUGAUGCGUUCCGUGUGGCAACCACCAUACAUGGACGCUACUACUCGGAGACGCACGCCAUACUAGGUCGCACCUAUGGCGUUUGUGUUUUACAGGAUUUCGAGGCCCUCACACCUAAUCUACUGGCGCGCACCAUCGAAACAGUCGAGGGAGGCGGCCUCAUUAUAUUGCUACUAAAGACAAUGCAGUCGCUCAAGCAGCUCUUCACCAUGAGCAUGGACGUGCACAUGCGAUUUCGCACCGAGGCCCAUCAGACGGUCACCUGUCGCUUCAAUGAGCGUCUGAUCCUAUCACUGGCUAACUGCAAGCGCUGCCUGGUGGUCAACGAUGAUCUCACCGUGCUGCCCCUCAGCUCCAAGACGAUCAAUGUGGACCCAGUGAAUCCGGCGAACAUUGACCGAUCGGAGAACGAGAGCAGCCUUAAGGAGCUGAAGGAGAGCCUAUUAAAUGUGCAGCCCGCGGGCGCACUGGUUAAUCUAUGCAAGACCUAUGAUCAGGGCAAUGCAGUGGCCCAGUUUAUUGAGGCGCUGGUCGAUAAGCAGCUGAAGCCGCCAAUAUCUCUUACUGCCGCACGUGGACGCGGUAAAUCGGCUGCUUUGGGCCUGUCCAUCGCUGCAGCCGUUGCAUUUGGCUAUGUGAAUAUUUACGUGACAUCGCCGCAUCCGGAGAAUUUGAUAACGCUCUUUGAGUUCGUGCUGAAGGGCUUCGAUGGGCUGGAGUAUCAGGAGCAUGCCGACUAUACCAUCAUUCGCAGCACAAAUCCGGACUACAAGAAAGCCAUCAUUCGGAUAAAUAUAACGCGCAACAGCCGCCAGACCAUUCAGUAUAUAGCGCCCAGCGAUACGCAUCUGCUGAAUGCCGCCGAUCUGCUGCUGAUCGAUGAGGCGGCAGCGAUUCCACUGCCACUGGUCAAGAAGAUGAUCGGUCCGUAUCUGAUCUUCAUGGCCAGUACAAUCAAUGGCUAUGAGGGCACCGGACGUUCGCUAAGCCUGAAGCUCAUCUCCCAGCUGCAGAAGGAGAACAAUGCCCGUCCACCGCUUAAAUUGGACGAGUCUAUACGCUAUCAGUCCAAUGAUGAUAUCGAGCGCUGGUUAAUCAAUUUGCUCUGCCUGGACGCGAGCACCGUGCCCAACAUCAGCUCCGGCUGUCCGACGCCCGAUGUCUGCGACCUCUACUAUAUUGAUCGUGAUGCACUGUUCUCGUAUCACAAGGCCGCCGAGUCCUUUCUGCAUCGCAUGGUGUACAUCUAUGUGUCAUCGCACUACAAAAACACGCCCAACGAUCUGCAAAUGAUGAGCGAUGCGCCCGCCCAUCAUUUGUUCUGCCUGCUCGGGCCCGUUCAGCGCAUGGAUCAAUUGCCCGAGAUUCUUGUUGUUAUCCAAGUGGCGCUCGAGGGCCAAAUCUCAGCGCAGAGCAUCAGCGAUUCUCUGGGACGUGGCAAGAAGGCCGCCGGCGAUCUGAUACCCUGGAACAUAGCCGAGCAAUACGGCGACCGUGACUUCCCAAAGCUCUCCGGUGUUCGCAUUGUGCGCAUCGCCACCCAUCCCAAUUACCAGCGCAUGGGCUAUGGCAAACGUGCUAUCCAUUUGCUCAAGGACUAUUAUGCUCAUCGUCAUGCCAAUCUCGGCGAUGCGCCCCUGCCCAACAAUCAAGCUGGCAUUGAGGAGGUAGAGGAAGAGGAGAUUGGUCUGCUAAAAGAACAGAUACGACCACGCAGUCGCAUUCCUGUUCUGCUGCAACGUCUGCAUGAGCGCCAACCGGAGCCGGUUGAUUAUAUUGGCACCUCCUAUGGCCUCACUGUCGACCUGCUCAAGUUCUGGAAGAGCGCCGGCUUUGUGCCCGUCUAUCUCAGCCAGAAGGCCAAUGAGCUGACCGCAGAACACAGCUGCAUCAUGCUGCACACACUGGCGACCCCAAGGUCGAUAAGGGCGACACCCUGGCUAAGUCUCUACUACAAUGACUUCCGACGACGCGUCCUCAAGCUAAUGGGCACAACAUUUCGCGAAUUCGAAACGAAACUCUGCCUGGCUCUGCUCAAGAACAAUGCGGUUAAAGGCGGUGAUGCUGAUGAUGCAUCCACUGUGCUGAGCAAGCGAACGCUUGAUAUACACUUUCUGCCGCACGACUUACAGCGGCUGGAGAGCUAUGCACGCCAACAGUCCGAGUUUCGUCUGAUACUCGAUCUGCUGACCGACAUUGCUCAGCUGUAUUUCCAGGGUCGCAUCCUCGGCCUGAAGUUAGAUAAUGUGCAGAAGGCUGUUCUCCUGGCGCUCGGGGUGCAGGGCAAGACAGUGGACGUACUCGGCUCGGAGCUGAACAUGCCGGGCAACCAGCUGCUGGCCAAGUUCUACGAUGCGUUGAAGAAGUGCAAUCAAUGCUUCCGCACGGUGAUCGAGCAACACAUUCAGGAUGGCAUGCCGCAGAUGGAACAAUUGCCGCGUGGCGACCAACUCCAGCCGCUCAACAUGUCCCUGCACAAUGAGCUGGAGCAGACGGCCCAGAAGCUAAAGAAAAACCAACGCAAGGAACUGAAACGCCUCAAGGCCGAGAUGCUCGAUGAAUACCAAAUCAAGGGCAGCGAUGAGGAUUGGAAUCAGGCACUGCAGACCAAUGGUGGCGACAAGGGCAGCGGUCUGCUCUCCGUUAAGAGUGGCAUCAAGCGCUUGGAUGCACCCGUGGAGCAGGAUCGGGAUGCUGGUGCACCGCAGACCAAAAAAAAGAAGAAUUCUAAAAUGAAACGAGGCAUGGCCAAAUCGCUGAUCUAGUUUUUUUUUUGGGCGGGGGGUGUUAUUCACUUAUGUAUAUGUAUAUAUGUAGAAAUAUCUUAUGUAUUUGUUUUUGAAUAAAACGAAAAGGGGGAAUUUUGAAAUAGACUAAA